GUUUUCCACACUCAUUACGUGCAGCCAAAAUAGAAACUAGCACCGCUGUCGCACUCACAAAAUGUUGCUCGAAGAUCAACGAUACCUCCACGAGGAUCUGGAGCGGUUAGAGCAGGCUAUCGCUGAUCGCGUGGCGGAGGAGCCCCGAAAUGUCCGCGAACGUCUAGCCCGUGAUCAUGAAGUUGCCAAAUUCCUUGACAGAAUUGAGGAACAAUCGAAGCGACUCCUCGAAAUCUACAAGGAUGCCGAUGGACUACGGGAGAAGGAAGUGCAGUCAAUUUCUACCGGCGAUCAGUUUGAAGAAUUCUACAAUCAACUCGGCGAGAUCAAAGACUUCCACAAGCGCUAUCCCAAUGAACCUACCGAGAACCUUGAGCGUGCAUACAAGCGCCAUGAACCCGGCGAAGGCGAGUUUAUGGGUAUGGAGAUCGACAAUAUGUUUACUGGUGAAGAAGGAUUCGGACAGUACCUUGAUCUUACGAAACCUCAUGAGGACUAUCUGAACCUUCCCGGGGCAAAGCGGUUGACCUACACCCAAUAUCUCGACAUCUUCGACAUCUUCACACCACCCACCCUGUCAAUCAAGCGGAAAGACAAGAUCACCGACCGGUACUUUGGUUAUGUUGGGGAGCUUGCCAGCUAUCUAGAGAACUUCUUGAAGAAAGUGAGACCGCUAGAAGAUCUGGACAAACUUUUCGCUGGUUUCAAUGAACAAUUCGAAAAGCAGUGGGCUGCGAAGGAGAUCCCGGGCUGGUCUGAGGAAAAGUCUGAAAACGGCACCUCCGGUCCGACAACUGAAGGAACUGGCGAGGGCAUUUGGUGUGCAGACUGUGAAAAGGAGUUCAAGAAUGAGAACGUCUACCGGAAUCACUUGACUGGCAAGAAGCACAUUCGAGCAGCAGAAGCCCGCAAGUCUGGUGAGGCGCCAUCCGCCGCCGCAAGCAAGGGAACAUCUGCAGCCUACAGUAUGAAGGAACGUGCAGUCGCAGAACGUGAACACCGAAUCCGUUGCUUGACAGAUGUCCUGAAGACAGAGCGACAAGCGACGAAGAUCAACGUUGAGCGCCGACAGGGUAUGACCGAACGUGAACGUCAAAUGGAAUUGGAAGCUAUCCUGGCCGAGCCCGAGAGCGCGGGCGCCGAGGGGGUCAAGCUGGGGAUGAGUCGGACGGUGACGAUGAGGAGCGUGUUUACAACCCAUUGA